GGCGCGCGGGGAGGAGUAUGACUACUACGGCUGGCAGACCGAGCCGCUGCACGGCCGCUCCUACUCCAAGCCGCCCCAGUGCCUCGACAUCCCCGCCGACCUGCCGCUCUGCCACACGGUGGGCUACAAGCGCAUGCGGCUGCCCAACCUGCUGGAGCACGAGAGCCUGGCCGAGGUGAAGCAGCAGGCGAGCAGCUGGCUGCCGCUGCUGGCCAAGCGCUGCCACUCAGACACACAGGUCUUCCUCUGCUCGCUCUUCGCGCCCGUCUGCCUCGACCGGCCCAUCUACCCGUGCCGCUCGCUGUGCGAGGCGGUGCGAGCCGGCUGCGCGCCUCUCAUGGAGGCCUACGGCUUCCCCUGGCCGGAGAUGCUGCACUGCCACAAGUUCCCCCUGGACAACGACCUCUGCAUCGCUGUGCAGUUCGGGCACCUGCCCGCCACCGUGCCUCCAGUGACCAAGAUCUGCGCCCAGUGUGAGAUGGAGCACAGCGCCGACGGCCUCAUGGAGCAGAUGUGCUCCAGCGACUUCGUGGUCAAAAUGCGCAUCAAGGAGAUAAAGAUCGAGAAUGGGGACAGAAAGCUGAUUGGAGCCCAGAAAAAGAAGAAGUUGCUCAAGCCAGGCCCCCUGAAGCGCAAGGACAGCAAGAGGCUAGUGCUGCACAUGAAGAGCGGCGCUGGCUGCCCCUGCCCGCAGCUGGACAACCUGGCCGGCAGCUUCCUGGUCAUGGGCCGCAAGGUGGACGGACAGCUGCUGCUCAUGGCUGUCUACCGCUGGGACAAGAAGAACAAGGAGAUGAAGUUUGCGGUCAAGUUCAUGUUCUCCUACCCCUGCUCCCUCUACUACCCCUUCUUCUAUGGGGCUGCGGAGCCCCACUGAAGGGCGCUGCUCCCUCCCCACCCUCCUGCAGUGCCUUGCCCUCUGUGGGGCCCCUGGGCACUCAGCCACCUCCUCCCACCAGGCCUUGCCCCCCUCCCAGGCGGACCCAGCCCCUGCAGGAGGGUGGUUUCAUGCAGAGUUGUCACCAGCAUAGCCUUAAGGGGUGGAGGGGUUCUGCAGCCCUUGGGAGGAGCCCUGAAUCUCAGAAAGUUGGCAGGAGGAGGCGAGAGCCAGGGAAGAAGGGCUCUGAGCUGCUGAGGAGCUGGUGUCCAGACUAGACUGGGUCAGCACCCCGGUCAGUGGUGGGGCUUCGGCCCAGACGGGGAGUGUCCCUAUCGGCUGAGCCCCUGCACGUCUCUCAUCCCAGCCUCCAAAACAAAGGCCUUGGGGCCUCAGUGCCCUCCAGUCCCACCUCCCUGCCUUCCCCUGGGCUGAGGGGAGCCCUGCCCAGACCUCCACAUGCCCGUCAUCCUGAUGAUGAGUAAAUUAUUGCUACUGCUGCGAGGCCAUAGGCACUAGAUGACUGAUGCAGGUAGGGUUUGUUUUUUUAAGUUUUUUAAGUUUUUAAUUAAAUGGAAGGACCCAGUGAUUUC